AAGGCUGUACCGGGACAGUGGCCCCGGCGGUGGGGUUUGUUGCAAUUACAGUAAAUAUAAGGCAUGUUAUACCGGUCUCUACGACGGCCUACGGGUGGCUAUGGAAAGGGAAAGGUGUCCCAAGUCUUACUCUACGCGAAUCAUUAUGUCGAUCGGGAAUAGUGUCGGGUUUCCCGUUAGGAUGAUGUGCGAUAGAGGGGACGGUAAGUCCCAGUGCCCGCCCAAUCGCCGGAGAUCA